AUGACGGUUUCAAGUGAAGAAGUUGAUGAACCAUGGAUAUGGGGUGUUGCAGAAGACUUAACAGCCACAGAGCAAGUUCCCGUGUUCACUCCACAACCUCCACCAAAGAAGAAUUCUGUCACGGAAUCGAGUACGUUGAGUGAAUUCGAUCAAAUUUUAGCAGACUACUAUGCAGAUGAGACGAAUCCUUGUAGAAAACCAUUACCCGAAAUGCCUGACUUCAGUAAACCAGGAAGACGGAUUAGUGAACAAAAAUGUUAUGAAUACAUUUGGGAUAUAAAACACCGAGAAGAUCAGAAAGAACGCGAUAAGAAAUGUACCCACUUAUUAGAAAUAGGUGGACGGGAUGCUUUACCGGGAGAAUUUCCACACAUGGCAGCAGUGGGUUGGAAAGCAGCCCAAGGAACUUGGAUUUUUAAAUGUGGAAGUGCCCUGAUCAGCUCCAAAUUUGUUCUAAGUGCUGCCCAUUGCAGUAUGGUUUCUGACAGAGAUACUUCAGUUGCUGAUCUCGUACCGAAGAUUGUGAGACUGGGAGACAAGAAUAUUAUAGAUAUUGAAGCCAACGGCCUCCCACCAAACGAUGUAAAUAUUAUCAAAAUUAUCAAACACCCUAAAUAUAAAUCACCAAAGCAAUACUAUGACAUAGCUCUGUUUGAACUGGAAAAUAACGUGAAGUUCACUAGUAAUGUCCAACCGGCUUGUUUAUGGAGGACAUUCGAUACAAGUCCACUUGGAACUAAAGCCAUUUCAACUGGAUGGGGAGUUAUUGAAACAGCACACUGCACAACAUCACCAAAUCUCCAAGCAGCAGAAAUUGACAUUUUGGAACCGAAGACCUGCGAUGAACUGUUGAUUCCAAAGAAAAGUAGAUUUUGGUCAGGAAUGUACGACCAUCAGCUGUGUGCUGGUAUACUCGCUGGAGGUGUUGACGCUUGUCAGGGUGAUUCUGGAGGUCCUUUACAAGUGCGAAUAAACCUACCUCCGUCCUCACAAGGAGCAAUCCAUUACCUCAUAGGUGUGACGUCAUUCGGCUAUGGUUGCGCAUUACCUAACACCCCCGGUGUCUAUACCAGGGUUUCCAGCUUUAUUGACUGGAUUGAAAGUAUUGUUUGGAAAUAG